CACAAGUGCAGAAGAGUUGGAUCAUCCUGAACAUUCGUGGGAGCUAAAAACAAAAUAUAACUGUGACCACUGCAGGAUUUAAGAAACAUUUCCUGGCACCAUGAACAUCCCUGAUCCCAUCACAUUGGUUAUAUCUAUUAUUUUAUGCCUUUUUGUUGCCCUAUUUUUAUAUGGACGAAAAAGAAAUGUGCAUUAUAAUCUGCCGCCUGGACCAAGACCAUUACCAAUCAUUGGAAAUCUGCACAUUCUAGACCUGAAGAAACCACAUCAUACAUUUCAUCAGCUCUCUAAGAAGUAUGGACCAGUGUACACAAUAAAACUAGGAGAAGAGAAAGUUGUUGUGCUUUGCGGAUACGAUGCAGUGAAGGAAGCCCUUGUCAAUCAUGCUGAGGAAUUUUCUGGAAGACCAAAGGUGCCACUUUUUCAUGAAAUAAUAAAAGGACAUGGAGUUAUUUUUGCUUAUGAUGAAAACUGGAAAAUGAUGAGACGGUUCACUCUGUCAGCACUAAGAGAUUUCGGAAUGGGGAAAGGAGCUAUUGAAAGAAAGAUUUCUGAAGAAAGUGAUUUUCUAGUAAAGAGGAUCAGAUGCUACAAAGGUUGGUGAAUGGUUCUUUCAUACGUUGUUGUAGCCCGCCGCUGUCUACUGCUCCCCCACUAUACCAUCUUUGCCUCCCGUGGUAUGCACCUGCACUUUCUGCAAUAAAGAGCUAUCUUUGCUGAAUCCUCACGGGUCCUGGGUGAGUUGCUCCCGUCUCUUUCUUCUUAAAUUGUAUUUACAUGCUGGACUUUACCUUUUGUAUGAGCACCAACCGCACCAGGACACACACCUCCUAGCGCUUUCAUUAUACAAGGUGUUGCCGCACCUGUUUACCCGUCCAUGCUAU